ACAUUUUAAUAUAAGAAUACGUGUUUUUAAUUAUGUCUAGAAAUAACAAUAUGAAAUUAUAAGAUCUUUCAUGGAAAUGAACUAUGAAACUAUAUUUGAUAAUCACAUUUAAUGAAAAUUUCCUACCAUUAAUAUUUUAUCGAAAUAAUUUCAAAUCAAUUCCAACUCUACGAACGUCUAAAUUCCACCCAUCCAGUAAGAUACGUAGAUACUUCUUUUAACAAGUUCCUUAUAUCAGCGUUUUUCACUAUACAAUAUCAUCUUUUUACCCACGUAUAAUACAUUGUACAGAAAGUAUGUGGGUGUUGAAGUCUCUAAGAGUAACUGUUCAUGAUCAAAGUUGUAUUACAUUACAGUUGCAUUAAAAUUCGAUUGAUAUAACUUUCUACCAACUCUAUUAAACAUCGUGUAUUUUCGUAAGAUAAGAAUUAUAUGUAUGUGAAUAUCUUAACGAUUAUCAAAGAACUUACAGAAAUUAAGACUUUUGCGAAGACUGCCUUGUGACUACGCCGCUGACCUGGACCAAAGGGGCCAGGACGAACGAUGGGUGGGAAAAGAAAUGAAGAAGGGGAAGGGCUACCCAUUCGGUAGCAAAUGCUGGUAAGCCGUCGCAAGGUCAAGAUCAGUUGGUUAAUCUCAGCCAGUCAACCAAGGGCCUUGCACCUAGCAUAACGAACGACCUGAUUCUUAGCGCUCCGAACGUCAUCUGAAUUUCUACGAGUUUAUUGUAAUUAAAACGCUUUGAUAUAGUGAUUCCAAAAUAGAUAAAUAUCAAAUAGAAUCAAAUUUACUUCGAGUUACAGUGAAUAAUUAACUAAAUGAUAAUAAUCUAUUAUUUUGUGAUUGUUACUUGAUGAAUCAGUGAAUCGAUGAAACAGAUCAUUUUAGAAAUUUAUUGAUUAUGUUGAUCGAUCGACGAUCUUACGUUUAUAUAUAUAUAUAUGUUUAGACUAAUCAGAAUUCUAACGUAAGUUUUACGUGCUAUCAUUAUCGAUCUGAUUAAAAUAAAAAAAAUUAAGCAGGUUGGAAGAUUUUUGCUAUCGUUUGCUCUUUAGAAGGCACGGAAUUAUUCUCUGUGCGUAAGGAACUUCUACGUGCAGUGUUUACGGUAGAAAUUUGAACAGUGGUGAAAUUCUUCAGUCCAUAUUCCGUGGGUUUUCUGUUAUGGAAACUUGCGUACUAAUACCGAAGGAGUUCUCUUUAGUUCUUGCCAGUGAUCAAUCCGCAUGUAAAAAUGUUUAUAAAAAUGAUUCGGAUUCAUUUGUCACAAAUUUACGAAUAUCGGUGUGGUCUAAUGUCUUCAUUCCAUUGGGCACACUCAUCUAUCCGUUUCAGGGGUCAAUUAGAUUCGAUAAGAUUGAUCUGUAUUCCCUUCUUGAUGAUAACGACAUCAGACGCGAGUACGGUUGCUAUGACGAAGUCUUUUCGAACUACAAUCUUAACAAGCGUCAGUGUAACUGGAUAAGGUUUCUUCAUAUCAUUCAAACGGAUGACGAACAAGUUAAUCUUAUUGGAACAAAGGUAAAGGGUGAACCAAUUUUUGAAGUUAUCAAAGAUGUUCAGCCAGAUACUGAAUUAAUAGCUUGGUUUCCACCAGUAACGUAUCCAGAUUUUAUUUUUAUUUCCCAUGAUAUGUGUUUAAGAUCCGCACUUUACAGAUGUUUGAUCGACAGUAUCGUAGAUGAAUCACCUUUGGAUCUAUCCAUGGCUUUACUUUCUCAUCACAUAUCACCAUCGAUACAGCAUUCUUAUUAUGAACCUGAUGAAUAUGAAUCAACCUCUGAGGAAUCAUCAUCAUCUACGCUAUCGUUAGUUGGUGAUCAUCUUGAUUGUAGUAUUUUAACUACUAUAAAAAGAGGUGACAAAGUACUUUUGCCAUGCGAAGUAUGUGGUAAAUCUUUCGAUCGUCCAUCACUCUUGAAAAGGCAUACCAGAACGCAUACUGGCGAGAAACCACACGUUUGCAUGGUAUGCAGUAAAGGUUUCUCAACAUCAAGUUCUCUAAAUACUCACAAGCGUAUUCAUAGCGGUGAAAAACCUCAUCAAUGUCUUGUAUGUGGCAAGAAAUUUACAGCAUCUUCGAAUCUUUAUUAUCAUAGAAUGACUCACAUCAAGGAAAAACCACACAAAUGUUUACAAUGCUCCAAAUCGUUCCCAACUCCUGGAGAUCUAAAGAGUCACAUGUACGUGCAUAAUGGAUUAUGGCCAUUUAGGUGUCAAAUUUGUAACCGUGGAUUCAGCAAGCCAACAAAUCUAAAGAAUCAUAUGUUAUUGCAUCUUGGAAGAUGUUCGAAUAAGAAGUUCAUUGAAUCGAUUCCAGACUUGUGACUUUUUGCGACAGUAUACUAAUCACUAGUUACAUAGUGAGAAGGUAAUAAAUACUUUAUUAAAGUGGCUUGUAGACUUAUAUUAUUUAUACUAAUUAUAUUCGAUCCAUUGCCUGUGUAUUUCUUAAGCAUUAUCAGCAAUGCAAUUUAUUGCUAAAGAAAUACUAAACAAAGGCAAAUCAUUGAGCAAAUAACGUUUUAUUGUUCAAAAAGACAAUGUUACAAACAACCUUGACGAGAUGGUUAAGUCAAUUUAUAUUUCAUCAUUUGCAAGUAUUUACUGUUUUCUAGAAUAUCGCAUCAGAAUUUAGAAUUCGAUUUUUAUUAAGAAAAAAUAAAAA